GGGAGGAGGAAGAGGAGGAGGAGGAGGCGGCUAGCAAGGAGCCGGCGCUGGGUCCUGCAGUAGGACUCCCAGGAGCCACCAUCAUGGUGAAGAGGAAGAGCUCCGAGGGCCAGGAGCAGGACAGCGGCCGCGGCAUCCCCCUGCCCAUCCAGACCUUCCUUUGGCGGCAAACCAGUGCAUUUUUGAGGCCUAAACUGGGAAAACAAUAUGAAGCCUCUUGUGUGUCUUUUGAAAGAGUGUUGGUAGAAAACAAACUGCAUGGCCUCUCUCCAGCCCUCUCUGAAGCCAUCCAGAGCAUUUCCAGAUGGGAACUGGUGCAAGCUGCUUUGCCUCAUGUCCUCCACUGCACUGCAACUCUGCUUUCAAACAGGAACAAGCUAGGCCACCAGGAUAAGCUGGGUGUUGCUGAGACAAAGCUCCUCCACACGCUGCACUGGAUGCUCCUGGAGGCCCCCCAGGACUGCAACAGCGAGCGGUUUGGGGGCGCAGACCGAGGGUCCAGCUGGGGUGGCAGCAGCAGUGCUUUCAUCCACCAGGUUGAAAACCAGGGUUCUCCAGGGCAGCCAUGCCAGAGUGGCUCCAAUGACGAAGAAGAGAACAACCGCAGGAAGAUUUUCCAGAACUCCAUGGCUACUGUGGAGCUCUUUGUGUUUCUGUUUGCUCCUCUGGUGCACAGGAUCAAGGAAUCUGACCUCACAUUCCGACUGGCCAGUGGGCUUGUCAUAUGGCAGCCCAUGUGGGAGCAUAGACAGCCCGAAGUCUCCGGCUUCACGGCACUGGUUAAGCCCAUCAGGAACAUCAUUACAGCCAAGAGAAGCUCUCCUCUCAAUAGUCAAAGUCAGACCUGUGAAUUACCAACUCAGGAUACAAUACACCAAGAGGGACUUCAGGUCGUCUGUGAAACAUUCCAAUCAGAUUCCAUCUCCCCAAAGCCUACUAUUUCAGGCUGCCACCGUGGAAACUCCUUUGAUGGAAGCCUGUCCUCUCAAACUUCCCAGGAAAGAGGACCAUCGCAUUCCAGGGCUUCUCUGGUGAUACCUCCUUGCCAAAGGUCCCGCUAUGCCACCUACUUUGAUGUUGCUGUUCUUCGCUGCCUACUCCAGCCCCACUGGUCUGAGGAAGGCACCCAGUGGUCUCUGAUGUAUUACCUACAAAGGCUGCGGCACAUGCUGGAAGAGAAGCCGGAGAAGCCCCCUGAGCCUGACCUUCCUCUCCUUCCCAGACCGAGGAGCAGCUCCAUGGUGGCAGCAGCUCCCUCACUAGUGAACACCCACAAAACCCAGGAUCUCACCAUGAAGUGUAAUGAAGAGGAAAAAUCUCUCAGCCCUGAGGCCUUUUCAAAGGUUUCAUUGACCAAUCUGCGGAGGUCUGCAGUUCCAGACCUUUCUACAGACCUUGGCAUGAACAUUUUUAAGAAGUUCAAGAGCCGAAAGGAGGACCGAGAGAGGAAAGGCUCCAUCCCUUUCCACCACACAGGGAAGAGGAGGCCGAGGAGAAUGGGGGUGCCAUUCCUGCUUCACGAGGACCACCUGGAUGUCUCACCCACCCGCAGCACAUUCUCCUUUGGCAGUUUCUCUGGACUAGGAGAAGACAGGCGAGGCAUCGAAAAAGGAGGCUGGCAAACCACGAUUUUAGGGAAAUUUACCCGGCGGGGCAGCUCGGACGCAGCCACGGAGAUGGAGAGCCUGAGUGCCAGGCACUCGCACUCCCAUCACACGCUGGUGAGUGACCUGCCCGACCACUCCAACAGUCACGGAGAAAACACAGUCAAGGAAGUGCGAUCCCAGAUCUCCACUAUCACAGUUGCCACCUUCAACACCACGCUGGCUUCAUUCAACGUAGGCUACGCAGACUUUUUCAGUGAGCACAUGAGGAAGUUGUGCAACCAGGUUCCUAUCCCAGAGAUGCCGCACGAGCCCCUGGCGUGUGCAAACCUGCCUCGCAGCUUCACUGACUCCUGCAUAAACUACAGUUACUUGGAGGACACGGAACAUAUUGAUGGGACCAAUAACUUUGUCCACAAGAAUGGCAUGCUUGAUCUUUCUGUUGUUCUAAAGGCUGUUUAUCUUGUCCUUAACCAUGACAUCAGCUCUCGCAUCUGUGAUGUGGCGCUAAACAUUGUUGAAUGUUUACUUCAACUUGGUGUGGUGCCCUGUGUUGAAAAGAACAGAAAGAAGAGUGAAAACAAGGAAAAUGAGAGUGUGGAAAAGAGACCAAGUGAGGGAACUUUCCAGUUCAAAGGAGUUUCUGGAAGUUCCACCUGUGGAUUUGGGGCCCCUUCAGUUAGUGGCGCUGGAGAAGGAGGAGGAGAAGAAGGAGGAGGUGGUGAUGGAGGAGGUGGAGGAGGUGAUGGAGGAGGAGGUGGAGGAGGUGGAGGUGGACCCUAUGAGAAGAAUGAUAAGAACCAAGAGAAGGAUGAAAGUACACCUGUAAGCAACCAUAGGCUUGCUCUAACCAUGCUUAUUAAAAUAGUGAAGUCUUUGGGAUGCGCCUAUGGUUGCGGAGAAGGACAUCGAGGGCUCUCUGGAGAUCGUCUGAGACACCAGGUAUUCCGAGAGAAUGCCCAGAACUGCCUCACUAAACUAUACAAGCUAGAUAAGAUGCAGUUCCGACAAACAAUGAGGGACUAUGUGAACAAGGAUUCUCUCAAUAAUGUAGUGGACUUCUUGCAUGCUUUGCUAGGAUUUUGUAUGGAGCCAGUCACUGACAACAAGGCUGGGUUUGGAAAUAACUUCACCACAGUGGACAACAAGUCAACGGCCCAAAACGUGGAAGGCAUUAUCGUCGGUGCCAUGUUUAAAUCCCUUAUCACUCGCUGUGCUUCAACCACACAUGAAUUACACAGUCCUGAGAAUCUGGGGCUGUAUUGUGAUAUCCGUCAACUGGUUCAGUUUAUCAAAGAGGCUCAUGGGAAUGUGUUCAGGAGAGUGGCCCUAAGUGCUUUGCUCGACAGUGCUGAGAAGUUGGCACCUGGGAAAAAGCUGGAAGAAAAUGAACCAGAACCUAAGCCUGCAGGCAGUAAAAGGUCGGAGGCAGGAAGCAUCGUGGACAAAGGCCAGGUGUCCGCUGCACCUGAGGAGUGCCGCAGCUUCAUGUCCGGCCGGCCCUCCCAGACUCCGGAGCACGACGAACAAAUGCAAGGCGCAAACCUGGGACGGAAAGAUUUCUGGCGCAAGAUGUUCAAAUCCCAGAGUGCAGCAAGUGACACCAGCAGCCAGUCUGAGCAGGACACUUCUGAGUGCACCACUGCCCACUCAGGGACCACAUCUGACAGGCGUGCCCGUUCCCGGUCCCGCAGAAUUUCCCUCCGGAAGAAGCUUAAACUCCCCAUAGGUAAAAGAAACUGGCUGAAACGCUCCUCCCUCUCUGGCCUGGCAGAUGGUGUGGAGGACCUCCUGGACAUCAGCUCCGUGGACCGCCUGUCUUUCAUCAGGCAGAGCUCCAAGGUCAAAUUUACCAGUGCUGUGAAGCUUUCUGAAGGCGGGCCAGGGAGUGGAAUGGAAAAUGGAAGAGAUGAAGAAGAGAGUUUCUUCAAGCGUCUUGGCUGCCACAGUUUCGAUGACCAUCUGUCUUCUAACCAAGAAGGUGGAAAAAGCAAAAAUGUGGUGAAUCUUGGAGCAAUCCGACAAGGCAUGAAACGUUUUCAAUUUCUGUUAAACUGCUGUGAACCAGGCACAAUUCCUGAUGCAUCCAUCCUGGCAGCUGCACUGGAUCUUGAAGCGCCUGUGGUGGCGCGAGCAGCCCUGUUCCUGGAAUGUGCCCGUUUUGUCCACCGCUGCAAUCGUGGCAACUGGCCGGAGUGGAUGAAAGGGCAUCACGUGAACAUCACCAAGAAAGGUCUGUCCAGGGGACGGUCACCCAUUGUGGGCAACAAGCGGAACCAGAAGCUGCAGUGGAACGCAGCCAAGCUCUUCUACCAGUGGGGAGACGCAAUUGGAGUCCGAUUGAAUGAGUUGUGUCAUGGAGAAAGUGAGAGCCCAGCCAACCUUCUGGGUCUGAUUUAUGAUGAAGAGACCAAGAGGAGACUGAGAAAGGAGGAUGAGGAGGAAGACUUUUUAGAUGACAGUACAGUGAACCCUUCCAAAUGUGGCUGCCCCUUUGCUUUGAAGAUGGCAGCAUGCCAACUUCUCCUGGAGAUUACCACCUUCCUGAGAGAGACCUUCUCUUGCCUGCCCAGACCACGCACCGAACCUCUGGUGGACUUGGAAAGCUGCAGACUUCGCUUGGAUCCUGAGCUGGACCGACACAGAUAUGAGAGGAAGAUCAGCUUUGCUGGGGUCCUGGAUGAAAAUGAAGACUCAAAAGAUUCCCUUCACAGUAGUAGCCACACCCUCAAAUCAGAUGCAGGUGUUGAGGAUAAGAAAGAAGGGAGUCCUUGGAGUGCAAGUGAACCCAGCAUUGAGCCAGAGGGCAUGAGCACUACCGGCGCAGAGGAGAAUUACCACAGGAACAUGUCAUGGCUUCAUGUCAUGAUCUUGUUGUGCAAUCAGCAGAGUUUCAUUUGCACGCACGUAGACUACUGCCAUCCACACUGCUACCUACACCACAGCCGCUCCUGUGCGCGGCUGGUCAGGGCCAUCAAGCUCCUCUAUGGGGACACCGUAGAUGCCCUCCGGGAGAGCAACAGCAGCAGCAACGUAGGUCUCCGGACCAAGAAACAGAAAGAGUGUUCUGAUAAAUCAUGUCUGAGGACACCUUCUCUGAAGAAGAGAGUUUCAGAUGCCAACCUGGAAGGGAAGAAGGACUCUGGAAUGCUGAAAUACAUCAGACUGCAGGUGAUGAGCCUGUCGCCUGCUCCCUUAUCUCUGUUAAUAAAGGCAGCCCCGAUUCUGACCGAGGAGAUGUACGGCGACAUCCAGCCAGCCGCCUGGGAGCUCCUGCUCAGCAUGGACGAGCAUAUGGCGGGGGCGGCAGCUGCCAUGUUCCUGCUGUGUGCCGUCAAAGUCCCUGAGGCUGUGUCCGACAUGCUGAUGUCUGAAUUCCACCACCCAGAGACCGUACAGAGGUUGAAUGCCGUCCUGAAGUUCCACACGCUCUGGAGGUUUCGCUACCAGGUCUGGCCCCGGAUGGAGGAGGGAGCACAGCAGAUUUUUAAGAUCCCACCUCCCAGUAUAAACUUCACCCUGCCCUCACCAGUGCUUGGAAUGCCAUCUGUUCCAAUGUUUGACCCCCCGUGGGUACCCCAGUGCAGUGGCAGUGUCCAGGACCCCAUUAAUGAAGACCAAUCUAAAUCCUUUUCAGCUCGGGCUGUGUCCCGCUCCCAUCAAAGGGCAGAACACAUCCUGAAGAACUUGCAACAGGAGGAAGAGAAGAAACGUCUUGGUCGAGAAGCCAGCCUCAUCACCGCUAUUCCCAUCACCCAGGAGGCUUGCUAUGAACCUACCUGCACACCCAACUCAGAGCCAGAAGAAGAAGUAGAAGAAGUCACCAACCUGGCAUCCCGCCGACUGUCUGUUAGUCCAUCCUGCACCUCCAGCACCUCCCACAGGAAUUACUCCUUCCGCCGGGGGUCCGUCUGGUCUGUGCGUUCGGCUGUCAGCGCGGAAGAUGAGGAGCACACCACUGAACACACUCCAAACCACCACGUGCCUCAGCCUCCACAGGCUGUGUUCCCAGCAUGCAUCUGUGCAGCCGUGCUCCCCAUCGUUCAUCUGAUGGAAGAUGGGGAGGUGCGGGAAGAUGGAGUAGCAGUAAGUGCCGUGGCCCAGCAAGUUUUAUGGAAUUGUCUAAUUGAAGAUCCAUCGACAGUUCUAAGACAUUUCUUGGAAAAACUGACCAUCAGCAAUAGACAAGAUGAGUUAAUGUACAUGCUACGCAAGCUUCUCUUGAAUAUUGGAGAUUUUCCCGCUCAGACGUCUCACAUCCUAUUCAACUACUUGGUGGGAUUAAUCAUGUACUUUGUGCGCACCCCCUGUGAGUGGGGGAUGGAUGCCAUCUCAGCCACCCUGACAUUCCUCUGGGAGGUAGUGGGGUAUGUGGAGGGCCUCUUCUUCAAGGAUCUGAAGCAGACGAUGAAGAAAGAGCAGUGUGAGGUCAAGCUCCUGGUGACUGCUUCAAUGCCAGGUACCAAAACCUUGGUAGUUCAUGGACAGAAUGAGUGUGAUAUCCCAACCCAGUUACCAGUCCAUGAAGACACUCAGUUUGAAGCUCUGUUAAAGGAGUGUCUAGAGUUUUUUAAUAUACCAGAAUCUCAGUCGACACAUUACUUUCUUAUGGAUAAACGAUGGAACCUUAUCCACUACAAUAAGACCUAUGUUCGGGAUAUUUAUCCUUUCCGGAGGUCCGUGUCUCCACAGCUGAACCUGGUACACAUGCAUCCAGAGAAGGGACAGGAGCUCAUUCAGAAGCAGGUGUUCACCCGGAAGCUGGAGGAAGUUGGGAGAGUUUUGUUUCUCAUCUCCCUAACCCAGAAGAUCCCCACAGCCCACAAACAGUCGCACGUCUCCAUGCUCCAGGAAGACCUCCUCCGGCUGCCUUCAUUCCCAAGAAGUGCUAUUGAUGCCGAGUUUUCACUCUUCAGUGAUCCUCAAGCUGGGAAGGAGCUGUUUGGACUCGACACUCUUCAGAAAAGCUUGUGGAUCCAACUCCUGGAAGAGAUGUUCCUGGGCAUGCCGAGCGAGUUUCCCUGGGGAGAUGAAAUCAUGCUUUUCCUCAAUGUCUUUAAUGGGGCGCUGAUCCUGCACCCAGAAGACAGUGCACUGCUCAGGCAGUACGCUGCCACCGUCAUCAACAGUGCUGUGCAUUUCAACCACCUCUUCUCUCUCAGCGGCUACCAGUGGAUCCUGCCCACCAUGCUGCAGGUAUACUCGGAUUACGAAAGCAAUCCCCAGCUGCGCAGAGCCAUCGAAUUCGCCUGCCACCAGUUCUACAUCCUACACCGGAAGCCGUUUGUGCUCCAGCUGUUUGCUAGUGUGGCCCCUCUCCUGGAGUUUCCUGAUGCUGCCAAUAAUGGGCCCAGCAAAGGUGUGUCAGCUCAGUGCUUGUUUGACUUACUGCAGUCCCUGGAGGGAGAGACCACAGACAUAUUGGACAUCUUAGAGUUGGUCAAAGCUGAGAAGCCUCUUAAAUCCUUAGAUUUCUGCUAUGGAAAUGAGGACCUGACGUUCUCUAUCAGUGAGGCCAUUAAACUCUGUGUGACCGUGGUGGCAUAUGCUCCGGAGUCAUUCAGAAGUCUUCAGAUGCUGAUGGUCUUGGAAGCUUUAGUUCCAUGUUAUCUACAAAAGCUCAAGAGGCAGACAUCACAAGUGGAGACGGUGCCUGCAGCCCGGGAGGAGAUCGCUGCCACAGCUGCUCUUGCCACUUCCCUGCAGGCCCUCCUAUACAGCGUGGAGGUCCUCACCAGGCCCAUGACAGCCCCACAAAUGAGCAGGUGUGACCAAGGUCACAAAGGGACCGCCACAGCCAAUCAUACCAUGUCGUCUGGGGUAAACACCAGGUACCAGGAACAAGGCGCUAAACUGCACUUCAUCAGGGAAAAUCUUCACUUACUGGAGGAAGGGCAAGGCCUUCCCAGAGAGGAAUUAGAUGAGCGAAUUGCUCGGGAGGAGUUCAGGAGGCCACGGGAGUCCCUGCUGAAUAUUUCUUUUGAUGAAAAUGGAUCUGCCAUGAUCGCUGGCCACACAGAGAUACUCUGUGUUUCUGAGGAAGGGCUGGCAGAAAUUGCACACUCGCUUCUGAAGCUGGCACCAUAUGAUACCCAGACAAUGGAGAGCCGUGGGCUCCGGCGCUACAUCAUGGAGAUGCUUCCCAUUACAGACUGGACAGCAGAGGCAGUGAGGCCAGCCCUUAUCCUCAUUUUAAAGAGAUUGGAUAGAAUGUUCAACAAAAUUCAUAAGAUGCCUACUUUGAGGCGACAGGUUGAGUGGGAGCCUGCCAGCAAUUUGAUUGAAGGGGUUUGUUUGACACUUCAGAGGCAGCCAGUCAUAUCCUUCCUGCCUCACCUUAGGUCACUGAUCAAUGUCUGUGUCAAUCUGGUGAUGGGAGUGGUAGGACCUUCCAGUGUUGCUGACGGAUUACCCCUUCUUCAUCUCAGCCCUUAUCUCUCACCACCUCUGCCCUUCAGCACAGCUGUUGUCCGGCUUGUAGCAUUGCAGAUACAGGCUUUAAAAGAAGAUUUCCCCUUAAGCCAUGUGAUCUCCCCAUUCACCAACCAAGAGCGAAGGGAGGGGAUGCUUUUAAAUCUGCUCAUCCCAUUUGUGCUCACAGUAGGAUCUGGAAGCAAAGAUAGCCCAUGGCUGGAGCAACCUGAGGUCCAGCUGCUGCUACAGACGGUUAUUAAUGUGCUCCUGCCCCCUCGGAUCAUCAGCACGUCCAGGAGCAAGAACUUCAUGGUGGAGAGCUCCCCCGCCCACUGUUCCACCCCUGGGGAUGCUGGGAAAGACUUGCGCAGGGAAGGACUCGCAGAGUCUACCAGCCAAGCUGCGUACUUGGCUUUGAAGGUGAUUCUCGUCUGCUUUGAGAGGCAGCUGGGAUGCCAAUGGUACUGGCUGAGUCUUCAGGUGAAGGAAAUGGCGCUGCGGAAGGUGGGCGGCCUGGCUCUGUGGGACUUCCUGGACUUCAUCGUGCGAACCCGAAUCCCCAUCUUUGUGCUUUUGCGCCCUUUCAUCCAGUGCAAGCUUCUGGCCCAGCCAGCAGAGAAUCAUGAAGAGCUUUCGGCCCGACAGCACAUCUCCGACCAGCUGGAGAGGCGCUUCAUCCCGCGCCCUCUGUGUAAGAGCUCCCUCAUUGCGGAGUUCAACAGUGAGCUGAAAAUUCUCAAAGAAGCAGUUCACAGCGGAUCUGCCUACCAGGGGAAGACCUCCAUCAGCACCGUGGGCACCUCUACCUCUGCCUACCGCCUGAGCCUGGCCACCAUGUCCCGUUCUAAUACCGGCACGGGCACCGUCUGGGAGCAGGACAGUGAGCCCUCCCAGCAGGCCUCCCAGGACACCCUGAGCCGCACUGAUGAGGAAGAUGAGGAAAAUGACUCAGUAAGCAUGCCCAGUGUGGUAAGUGAGCAGGAAGCUUACCUCCUGAGCACCAUUGGAAGGAGGCGGUUCUCCAGCCAUGUCUCCAGCAUGUCUGCACCUCAGGCUGAGGUGGGCAUGUUACCCAGCCAAAGUGAACCUAAUGUCCUCGAUGACUCCCAGGGCCUGGCCGCCGAGGGCAGCCUCUCUAGGGUGGCAAGUGUGCAGAGCGAACCUGGUCAACAGAACCUCCUCAUUCAGCAGCCUCUGGGGAGGAAGAGGGGCCUCAGGCAGUUAAGACGUCCUCUACUGUCACGUCAGAAGACUCAGACUGAACCCAGAAACCGCCACGGGGCUCGGCUCUCUACCACUCGGAGAAGCAUUCAACCUAAAACAAAGCCAUCUGAUCAGAAACGAUCUGUGACCUUCAUUGAGGCUCAGCCGGAGCCAACAGUUGCCCCAACAGACACACUUCCUGCUUUGGGCCAGCCACAGGGCUGCAGUCCAGCUCCAUCUCGGAAACCAGAAGGAACGGACAAGCCAGUCCUCACAUCCUCCCCUGCCAUUGUUGUUGCUGACCUGCACAGCAUGAGUCCCAAGCAGAGUGAGACCCUCCUCCCUGAAGGAGAAAAGAAGGAGGAUUCUGAGGCACAUGGCGCGGCAGCACACAGCCCGCUCUCCACUCAACUCUCAGACCCUGAUGAAUUCACAGGCCUUGAGACUUCCAUCCUUCUACAGCAUGGAGACACCGUCCUUCACAUCAGCGAGGAAAAUGGCAUGGAGAAUCCCCUGCUGUCCAGCCAGUUCACUUUCACACCCACUGAGCUUGGGGAGACUGAUAUAGCUCUAGAUGAAUCACAUGUCUAGUUCCCUAUCUUCUAGGAGUUUCCAGGUAUGGACAAGAGGUGGAGGGGAUCACUUUGCUCAUGUUUUGAAAAGAUGAAAACGUAGCACUUUAUAUCCAACGGGUGGCACAAAUCUCAGUAGCUUCUGCUGCCGAUGCACACACUGUUUCAUAAACAUCUUUUAAAAAAAAAGCAAUGGCUAACAUCGCUUGGUUGCUGAAGACCAUAAAACCCAGGGAGGAAUACGGGGAAGAGCCAUUUCAUUGCACAUUGUUUAUGAUUCAAAAAGCCUUCAAUAAUUAAAAUGUAUACUAUUACAGAGCUGCUUACCUAGGAAUAGUACCACAGAGUAUGUCCUAAAAAAGGAAUGCAAUUUUUUUAAGGUUAUUCACAUUAUACAUCUCAUGCAAAUAUUUAUUUUUAUAGUUUCAAAAAUACUAAAUCAGGUGGCUGUACAAGUAACAAUUUACAUGAAAGUAACCAAUAAGAAAAAUAUUGGUUUAGGGAAACUAAAUAACAAACCUGCAGCCAUUUUUUUGUUUUGAUCAACAAAACAGUCAUUGAGAAGAAGGAAAAAAAUA